GCCAAGAAGUAAGUACAAUAUCAAGAAAGACAGCAAAGCCAAGUUUCCCCCGAAGCCAACCUUUUCUCCCUCCUCCUCCUCCUUCUUGAUGCCCAAGAGAGCGAUGGAACCCGAGGCCAUGGAGUUCGACGAAUCCGAGUGGCUACUCGCCGACGACUACUUCGCCGUCUCCACUAUCGGCAUCGACGCCGACUGGGUCAUCACCGAUGGCGACGAGGGCGCCGUCUCCGGAGUCUUCUUCCACACCGCAGCCUCCAAGCUCCGCGGGUCCCGCCCCUCUUACGCUCCAUUUGGCCGCCUCCCAACUGACCUCGCCGACCCCUCCCUCGCCUUCCUCCCCACCGCCGCCUCCGCCCGCUCCUCCUCCCGUGGUCUCCUCCUCCUCGUCGGCCCCUGGUCCACCUACUACGUCUGCAACCCCGCCACCGCUAAGUGGCGCACCAUCCCACGCCCACCGAGGCCUCAUCUCUACUGCCGCACCCCCUCCCUCGCCCUCGCCCUCGUCAACCUGCCGGACGGCCCCGCCCGGUUCUACGUCGUCUGCGCCGACAUGGACGAAUCCGCCGGCGGGUAUCGCUUCCAGAUCUUCUCAUCCCCCUCCGGCACGUGGCAGGAGUGGUUCGCCGUGACCACAUCAGCCGAUCCAAUCGUCCCCUGCUCCGGCGUCUCAGCCGCCGGCGUGGCGUACUGGCGAACGUCCGCCCCCGCAGUGCUCGCCUACGAUCCCGAGGCCGACAAGGCGAGGGUGCUCCCGCCGCCCCCGGGUUGCGGGGACGCCGGCGGGCCGUGGGAGCUGGGCGAGGCCGGCGAAGACGGGCGGCUGUGCUGCACGUGCGUGACGGAGUCGGCGGUCGUGGUGUACCGCCUGGGACCGUCCGACGAGUGGUCCAUCCUGGACUCCCUCCCCGUGACGGUAGUCGGCGGCGACGAGGCGGUGGAGCAGGAGAGCGGUGUUCCGAUCGCGUGCAGGGCGCCCCCGCGGCCGUUGAGGUUCGAGAGCACGAAGCUUGAGGUGGUGCUGUGGGUGGAUGGCCACGUGUUGACGGUGGACCUGGAGAGCCACCGAGUGAGGGAGGUCCAGUUCGACGGGCCGGCGCCGGGUGACGUCGAGGACCUCGUGUCUUACGUCAGUACCGAGGCUCCCGUGGGCCCCGUGAAAUCCAGCUGACCGACGUUGACGCUUCCGUUCAUCUCUGUGAAGCACACAUAGUUUCUCGGUGUGCAGUUUGUUCAAUGCAAAUCCAUCUUCUAAUUCUGCCACA